GGCUCAUCUUAGGUCCUUCUGAAAAUUUUACUGUUAGUAGAGCCUUCCGUGUUACACACUUUACACUGUCCACAGCUCUUGCUGGAGGCUAAGUUCUGGGCUUUAUUUCCCAUUUUGGUGGCGUGGCUAAGUUAGCGAACCGACGAGUGCCCCAAAAUGCAACACGGAACUAAACGUUGCUUACAUCAACACAGUGGAACGACGCCGCAACUAAUGCGGACGGUGCUUUGCCCAGCACCUUUCAGACCACAACCCCACGUCCCUGUCCAAAAGCGUUGUACUUUACGUUCCGCAGCACAUCACGUAGAUUCAUUUGCUACAGUGGAAGUGGGUGGACUCACGGCGUCUACCCCUCUGGAUGAAUUGGAGGCUUCGGCGUUUUGCGGCAUGGAGGGCCAAGUGCUGACACGUAAGGCCCCGGAGGGCAUCCCCAAGAACGGCAAGAAGUACUAUAUUCAUACCUUUGGCUGCCAGAUGAACCUGGCGGACAGUGAGCGCAUGGCGGGCGCCCUGGAGUCGGCGGGCUACGAAUGCAGCCCGCAGGCUGACGAGGCGGAUGUGCUGGUCUACAACACCUGCUCCAUCCGCGACAAGGCGGAGCAGAAGGUGUACUCGGCGCUGGGGAAGCAGGCCAAACGCAAGCGGGCGCGAGUGGGCGACCUGAAGAUCGUGGUGGCGGGGUGUGUGGCGCAGCAGGAGGGGCAGGCGCUGCUGCGGAGGGUUCCGGAGCUGGAUAUCGUGAUGGGUCCCCAGUUCGCCAACCGCAUCCCCGACCUGCUGGAGCAGGCCUCCGACGCGCAGGUGUGCGCAACCGAGCAGGUGGCCGUGGAGGAGGACAUUGCGACACCCCGUCGCGAGUCAAACAUAACCGCCUGGGUCAACGUGAUCUACGGUUGCAACGAAAAGUGUUCGUACUGCGUGGUGCCGUACACUCGGGGAGCGGAGCAGAGUCGCCGACCGGAGGACAUUCGCCGGGAAAUGCUGGCAGUGGGGGAGGCGGGGUACAAGGAAGUAACGCUGCUGGGUCAAAACAUCGAUGCGUACGGCAGGGACCUGCCGGGCCUGGCUUCCGACGCCAGCGGCCGCCGCGCCUGGACCUUCACCGACCUGCUCCGCUACGUGCACGACGUACCCGGGGUGGAGCGAAUCCGCUUCGCCACCUCCCACCCGCGCUACUUCACAGACCGGCUAGUUCGCGCCUGCUCCGAGCUGCCCAAGCUCUGCGAGUUCUUCCACAUCCCCUUCCAGUCGGGUGACAACGCGGUGCUCCGUGCCAUGCUGCGCGGCUACACCGCCGAGCGCUACCGGGCCAUCAUCGACAACAUCCGGAGGCACAUGCCGGACGCCAGCAUCAGCGGGGAUGCCAUCGUGGGAUUUCCAGGUGAGACGGAGGAGCAGUACCUCGCCACGGAGAGGCUGGUGCGGGAGGUGGGCUUCGACCGAGUCAACACCGCCGCCUACUCGCCGCGACCCAACACGCCGGCAGCCGAGUGGCCGGACCAGGUGGCGGACCUGGUGAAGCAAGACAGGCUCAACAGGCUCAACAAAGUGGUCAUGGAGGUGGCCACGGAGCGAGCCCAGCGCUUUCGAAACCGAACCCUGGAGGUGCUGGUUGAGGGGCCCAACCCCAAGAACCCCGCUCAGGCCUUUGGCCGCAUCCGCCACAACAAGCUGGUCUACUUUGACGGGGACGGUACGGCACUGCGCGGGCAGCUGGUGAUGGUGCAUGUGCAGGAGUGCAAUGCGUUCAGUCUGUUCGGGCGCAUGACGGAAGUGGUGGGCAGUCGGGCGACGCGGCCGGGA